AUGAAUCCUGAAUAGUAAGUGUUGUCUUUUUCUCUCUCUCUCACUGUUUAAAUUUAAGGCUCUUCACUGGAAGACACUGACAUCUGCUCUUUGACACUGACUCUAAGGAUCUCAAGUUAAAGGCUCCGGUUUAUCGUCCUGGAGCCUCUAGGACCGGCAUAUACACAGAGUCCAGAAGGGUGUGUUGUUUGCAGUCCUGUGCUUUAUGUUAACUCUGUAGUGUACCUUUUCAGAGUGUCAUGGCCUCCAGGUUUACAGCAGAGGAAACUUACCCUGCAGUCUGGUUUUCUGCAUUCAAAAGCACCUUGCAUUUAGAUCACUAGGCCUUAGAGGCUCAUGGGUAUUGCAGUCCUUAGAGACAUGUCAACAAACAGGCAAAGGAGAAAGAGGAAAUUCUUAGCAUCUGACCUCCCGGUCUUCUGUGUCUCGUUUGCUUUUUAAUAGAUUUUUAUGAUAACUUGGUUAAAGUGAGAAUAUAUACAUGUAUAUACAUGCCAGACAUGGUAAAUUAACCCUCUUGUUACAGUCAUUCAUAGAACAGAAUUCAGGGUAUUCACAAGAUGAACCUUGUUUUCAUGAUUACAAACACGUUUCACCUCGUCCGCUGGUUCACUCUUGUCACAUGCUGCAACAUGCUCAUAACAAGAUCAGGAAAAAUCGGGCUGAAUUAUGACAUUGCAAACAGAGGUGAUUUGACUGUAGUGUAGCCAGAUAACCAAAAACAUCCAGGUAAAAGUCGACUGCAGUGACUGCUAAUGAAUAUGGAUAACACAGCUGUGUGCUGCACAACAGUAUCUAGAUUUUCUCCAGAGGUUGGAGAGAGAAGUGAAUAAUUUUGACAGUGGGACAGUUCUUUGUUUGGACUUUAAUUUCCAGUUUUAUGAUCUUACCUUAUUCAUGACAAACUUCAACAGCUCACACCGCCUGUCUGAUGUCUUUAACUCGUACCUGUAAAUCUGUCCUUCAGUGACUACCUCUUCAAACUUCUCCUGAUCGGUGACUCUGGAGUGGGAAAGUCGUGUCUUCUCCUUCGCUUUGCGGUAAGAUUUUAAUUUUGUACUUGUAUCGAUGAAGUUUUUUACGUUUUGUGUUUGAUUAUAUGUGGCACCUUCCAGGAUGACACUUACACAGAGAGUUACAUCUCCACCAUCGGCGUUGACUUCAAGAUCAGGACCAUCGACAUGGAUGGGAAGACGGUGAAACUACAGAUCGUAAGGGCCUGUGUUUAGCCAAGGAUUAUUUAAAGACAGCUCCAUGUUCUUGUAACCUGAUUUUUUUAAUCUGUAGGGAUGUCUUUCACAGUGGGACACAGCAGGGCAGGAAAGGUUUCGAACCAUCACCUCCAGCUACUAUAGAGGAGCUCACGGCAUCAUCAUUGUCUAUGAUGUCACGGAGCAGGUCAGCGUGUUUUUGUUUCAUCAUCACAAACAAAAUAAUAGAAGAGUUUGAACAUUAACUUCUCUUCUUCUCCUCCUCUUUCUCUCUCUCCCUGCAGGAGUCCUUUAACAACGUGAAGCAGUGGUUGGAUGAGAUUGAUCGAUACGCCUGUGAAAACGUCUCCCGGCUGCUGGUGGGAAACAAGUCUGACCUUGUUAGUAAGAAGGUGGUGGACGCUGCUACUGGACAGGUAACAGGCUCCAUACAGGGCAGUGAACAGUUCUGAUUUAACUUUUUACUUCAGACCCCUACAAUAACUUGAUGCUUUAAAAUAGUGAAAAGACAACUUUACUAGAUGUGCACUUGAAGUGUGUUUAGAGUCUGGGUUGUUCUAAGUUCCAGCCAUGAUGCAGACCAAAGGUUUCUGGGCUGCUGUUAAACAGAUUUGGGCUUUCCUAAUCAUUGCAAUUUUAAUCUUCCAAAGCCAGAAUGGAGCAGACUGCAUACAAAGUUAUCAGCCUAAAGUGCACCAAGCUUGGUUACCAAGGUGCAUCCACGCCUCACUGUGUAUCAAAGUGUUUGCAAUAAUGAAUUCAACUUGCAGUAAAAAGACUUUUAAAACAAAAUGCAAAGGGUCGAAAAAAGCAACAGAUUGCCCUAAAAAGUCUUACAGAAAAACAUUGUGCAAAACAUUUUAUUCAGUUUGCUGCAGUGUCACUGUCUCUUACAAGCACCCAUUCAACCCAAGGCUAUUUCCAGUUUUAUUUGAAAUUGCACCAAAGUUUGCAAAGUGUGCAUCAUGUGGAAAGAAGCAGGACUGAAGACUCGUGGCUAUGACCUGAAACUCUUCAAGAAAGCAGAACAGGAACUCUGUUGGAGUUUUGGAAAAACGCGAAUUUGAAGCUCUACAGUGUCAGCCCCUUUUUGCACCUGAUGCUAUGUCUUCUACUUGUAUACAGUCUGUGUGCAACUGAGGCAGUCUGCAAUGGUAAUAUUUGCAUCACAUAAAGUUAAUGAUAUGCUGACACUCACCUGAAAAAGUAAAUAUUGACCCCAGGAAAUCCCCUCUACAAAAUAAAAUCAAUAUUUCAAUCUGAAAAGCAGAUUUCCUUUAGAUACCACCAAAAUAUCAGCUCACACUAAUGCUAAAAAAAUGUUAUCCACCCCCCUGCCAUACAAAUCAUCAGUUUUAGACUCUGAAGGGAUGUAAUCACUUAGAAUAUGAGUGCACAUUACCACUGACACUUUGGCAUAUUUUGAAACCUUCUGGUGUCCUCUCUCUGUCCCUGCUCUUCUUCAGGACCUGGCAAUGUCGCUGAAGAUUCCCUUCCUGGAGACGAGUGCUAAGAGCUCUGAUAAUGUGGAAAAAGCGUUUCUCACUAUGGCCUCGGAGAUCCACAAACGAGUGGCCACUGAGGAAGGAGGGAUGCAGGGUGAAGGGAAGGAGACCAGGACCCAGGGCCCUAAGAUCAACAGUGCCCCUCUGUGGCUGGGAGGAGAAAAACAGACACAGGAGGCCAAUAACUGUUGCUAA